GAACCAUCGUUAGAGGAGAGAAUCAAGCGUUCGAGAACCCACAAAACUUGGACGGCUGAGAUUGCGUCAGCCCAUCACGGAUCCUCGGCGCAUGCUGGCAGUGGCGGUUGCCAAAUGUUCAUUCUUUCAUUUUCAUACCCUAAAAAAGCAGUCUUUUUUUGUUUUUCGACACUCCCUAGUCUCUUCCGGCAAUUGAGGAGGCGAAGCACUCUCUCUGCGUCUCUCUGGGAUAUUGAUGUUGGAAACUGAAUUUGGGAUUUUUUUUUUCCCCGAUUGUUAAGUGUGGCUUUAGCUGAUAGUUUCUUGCAAUAGAUGGUCAUGGACCAAAUCCUGAAGGGAUUGUAUGGUUCUGUUAAUGAACCAGAACUCGGCUGUGGGAGCCUUUCUGUUUCAUCGAAUCAGAAUCUCAAAGCAAACGGCCCUUUUGUAGACCAAAUGCAUGGAAAUACACCUUUGCAAGCUGAUACAAUUUCUAGCAAUUUGCCCCCUGGUUCAAUAGUGAACCAAGAGGGAGAUACUCAUGAGGAUUUCGAUUUUAGUGAUGUAGUUUUGAAGUACAUAACCCAGAUACUUAUGGAAGAAGAUAUAGAAGAGAAGAACUGCAUGUAUCAAGAGUAUUCCACAGCACUUCAAGCCACUGAAAAAUCCUUUUAUGAGCUUAUUCACGAUACUAGCCCUUCUGUUGAUCUGAAACAUGAAAAUCAAGAUGGAAAUUACGUGAAUUACAGUAGCAGCACUAAUGUGAGUGACAUAGUGGAUCCUAGGUUGACUUGUGAUCUGGAUGACCAUAAGUCUGUAGAUGAACCUUCUCAAUCCAUUUCUCUUGCAUCUUACACUUCAGGGAGCAGCACUAUUACUGAGGCCGAAUCUGUUGCGCAGUUUAAGAAAGGGUUUGAAGAAGCUAGUAAGUUUCUUCCAAAUAAUAAUUGCUUGUUUGUUGAUUUGGAGAGUAGCGGCUUUUCUCUUAAAGAUCUGAGGUUAGAAGCUAAGAAUGUGACAGCUGAUAGGGGAAAUAAGCAUGGGAAUGAGCUUCCUGUUGAUGAAACCAGGGGAAAGAAAAAUCCUCAUCCCGAAGAUGUGUAUUCGGAGGGUGGGAGGAGUGGCAAGCAAUCGGCAGUUUACACUGAACCGAGUGUAAAUUCGGCAAUGUUCGAUUUAGUGUUACUGAAUUGUGGACAAGAAUCUGCUCUUCGUGAAGCUCUACAGAAUGGGAGAAACAAGAAUGUGCAACAGAAUGGACAGUCAAAAGGGUCUAAUGAAGGAAAGGCCCGUAGGAAGAAACCAGGAGGCAGAAGAGAUGCAGUUGAUUUGAGAAUUCUCUUGACUAUGUGUGCACAAGCUGUUUCGACGGAUGAUCGUAGAAGUGCGAAUGACCUGUUGAUGCAAAUUAGACAGCAUUCAUCGCCCACAGGAGAUGGUAUGCAAAGAAUGGCCUGCUAUUUUGCUGAUGGGCUUGAGGCUCGAUUGGCUGGUUCUGGAACCAAGAUAUACAAAGCCCUUAUCACAAAGCCAACAUCAGCGGCUGAUGUUUUGAAAGCAUAUCAGUUAUAUCUUGCGGCAUGUCCUUUUAAGAAGCUCUCAAAUUUUUUCUCAAAUAAAACAAUUAUGAUUGUAGCUGAGAAAGCAACAAAGCUUCAUAUUAUCGAUUUUGGCAUUCUCUACGGUUUCCAAUGGCCUGUCCUUAUUCAACGUCUUUCCUCUAGACCUGGUGGAUCUCCUAAGCUUCGGAUUACUGGGAUUGAUUUUCCGCAACCAGGUUUUCGACCAGCUGAAAGGGUUGAAGAGACAGGGAGCCGGCUAGCAAAAUAUGCUGCAAAAUUUAAAGUUCCAUUUAAGUUCGAUGCAAUAGCUAAGAAGUGGGCUACCAUUCAAAUUGAAGAUUUGAAGAUUGAUAAAGAUGAAGUACUUGUUGUAAACAGUAUUCACAGGCUUAGAAAUCUACUGGACGAAACUGUGAUUGUGGAGAGUCCAAGGAAUAUUGUUCUCAACUUAAUCACGAAGAUGAAUCCGGAUGUUUUUAUACUGGGGACUGUGAAUGGUGCAUAUAGUGCACCAUUUUUCAUUUCACGAUUCCGAGAAGCUCUCUUCCACUUUUCUACGUUGUUUGAUAUGCUAGAGACAAAUGUACCUCGUGACAUUCCAGAGAGGACACUAUUAGAGAAAGAAAUAUUUGGAUGGGAAGCAAUGAAUGUCAUUGCAUGUGAAGGCGCUGAGAGGAUUGAGAGACCAGAGAAGUACAAGCAGUGGCGAGUCAGAAAUCUAAGAGCUGGACUUAUACAGCUCCCUUUGGAUCGGGAAAUUGUCAAGAUAGCAAAGGAGAAGGUAAAUUCCCUCUACCAUAGAGAUUUCGUAAUUGAUGAAGAUAGUGAGUGGUUGCUUCAUGGCUGGAAAGGCCGGAUUGUUUAUGCUCUCUCUUGUUGGAGAUCUGCAUCUUUACUCCAUGACAAAGAUAUCACAUAAAAAGGCAGGGUUUGGAGUUCUCAUGCAGCUGUUGCCCAUCCUUUGUGCUUAAGGCUUUCCCCUAGGCCUUCUGAUUAAUGAAGCUAAGGCAAUUGGGAGCUUAUUUUUUAUUAGAGCUUUCAUCAUGCCAAGAAAAGCAACUUCUUCAGUUUAGGUAGCAGAUGGAGUUACUAAAUUUAUCUGAAGAAACAUGAAUCAUAUGUUAGCUUGAACUGAUGCUUCAUCUACAUCAGCCUCAGUCUAGCAAGACAGGCAUUGAUGAAUAUGUGGAACAGAGCUUAUGAUUUCUAGUUAAAUGGUAGAAGCUUGCAGAAAUCAAAACUUUAGUUUAAAGAUUCUCUUGAACAGGAUAAGGAUCCAGCUCAUAUUCUUGUUGAACUGCGCUCUUUUGCUCUUUAUUGUAGUACUACUAGAUUGAAAUGGUUGUCAA